AUGCCUGGCACGAGAUUCAAACUCAACACCGGAGCCGAAAUCCCAGCUCUCGGAUUCGGUACCUGGCAGGACGCAGAGGCACAGGUGGAUGCCGUCAAGGAAGCCAUCAAGGUGGGCUACAGACACAUCGAUACUGCAAGGGUUUACGGCACUGAAGAAGCCGUUGGAAAAGCCAUUCGCGAGAGCGGCAUCCCCAGAAACGAAUUAUUCGUCACAACCAAGCUCUGGAACCACCAGCACGACCCAAAGGACGUCCCCAAGGCUAUUGAUGAAUCACUCAAAGACUUGCAAAUGGACUAUGUGGACCUGUUCUUGAUGCAUUUCCCCGUUGCUUGGAAAUCAGGGAAUGGUCUAUUCCCAAAGGAGAACGGCAAGCCUGCUGUGGUGGACAUUGAUUUCGUUGACACCUACAAAGCAAUGGAAAAACUCCUCGACACCGGAAAAGUGAAAGCCAUCGGCAUCUCCAACUUCUCCAAGGCCCAAAUGGAGCAUUUAUUCACUAACACCUCCGUGGUCCCCGCUGUGCAUCAGAUCGAGUGUCAUCCAUGGCUGCAACAGACGGAGUUUGUGAAUUGGCAUCGCGGAAAAGGGAUUCACAUCACUCAAUACUCGCCCUUUGGAAACCAGAAUGAGAUCUAUGGUGCCAAGCAUUUGGGAAAAUUGAUUGAGACUCCCAUGCUUGUUGAGAUUGGGAAGAAGUAUGGCAAGUCAGGUGCUCAGGUUGCUUUAGCUUGGGGUAUCACUCUUGGCCAUUCGGUUCUGCCAAAGUCCAAGACACCGAAACGUAUCCAGGAGAACUUACAGGGCGAUUUCAAGCUCAGCGAUGAGGAUAUGAAGAAGAUUCAGACCAUCAAUAAGAAGCUGCGUUUCAAUGAUAGCAGUACUGACUUUGGCAUGGAAUUCUUCAAGGAUCUAGAGGGCAAGGGUUCGAUUUAA